UGUGCAGAUGAAGGGAGGCGAUAGGGAGGGAGAUGCCCCUCUCUGCCUGCACCUCUGCCCUUGAUCUCCCAGACCCGGGUUCAACGGACCCCGUUGUUGUUCUGUGCCUCGGUGAGGAAUGCGGAGUGUGGGACUGGGGCGUGACGCGUGCGCUCCUCCGGACCGCUCCUCCGGGCCGCUCGCUCCGUAAACAAAAAGCGUCAUUGUAGCGCGGUCCGUCAAAAACGUCUCUUCUUUCACUUCUUCUGAGUGAAGCAAAGGGUGCGUUGGUGUGGGCCACUCUCUCUCUCUCUCUCUCUCUCUCUCUCUCUCUCUCUCUCUCUCCCUCUCUCCCCUCGCGCUCGCUCGCUGAGUGGUUUUGGAGUGGCCGUGAGGACGCUGUUUUCGGGAGCGGUGCCGCGCUGGAAUGGGCUGAAGUGUUUGUUUGUGCACAGCCGCGGCGUCACCGAUGCGGACCAAAGCUCAGAGCGGCCCUGAGGAGCGCUCGGGGAGCUUGCUGAGAGCUUCCGAUGCGGAGCAGGAUGCUGCCUUAAAGCUGGAGCAGGAGAGGGCGGAGAUCGUCGCCAAAUAUGACAAGGGAAAAGAGGGAGCAACAGUGGAGCCCUGGGAGGACGCAAACUUCCACCUCUACAAAGUCAUCGACAGAUUUGGCUUCCUGCAUGAGAAUGAACUCCCAUCGUAUGACUCGGUGGAAGAAAAGCAAAAACACCAGGAAGUGGAAAGAACUUCAAAAUGGCUGAAAAUGUUGAAGAGUUGGGACAAGUACAAGAACAGUGAAAAGCUGGUGAGGAGGAUCUACAAGGGAGUCCCUCUCCAGCUCCGGGGCGAGGUGUGGUGCCUCCUGCUGGAUAUUCCCAAAAUAAAGGCGGAGAAGAAGGACUUCUAUGAGAAGCUGAAGCUGAGGGCGAGAGGGACAUCUCCAGACGUCCGUCAGAUCGACCUGGACGUGAACCGCACGUAUCGCGACCACAUCAUGUUCAUGCACCGCUACGACGUCAAGCAGCAGGCCCUGUUCCACGUCCUCACGGCCUACUCCAUGUACAACACGGAGGUGGGCUACUGCCAGGGCAUGAGUCAGAUCACUGCCCUGCUGCUCAUCUACAUGAACGAGGAGGACGCGUUCUGGGCCCUGGUCAAGCUGCUGUCCGGUCAGAAGCACUCCAUGCACGGUUUCUUUGUUCCUGGUUUCCCCAAGCUGAUGAGGUUUCAGGAGCACCACGACCGCAUUCUGAAGAAGAUGAUGCCCAAACUCAAGCAACAUCUGGACAGCCAGGAAGUCUUCACCAGCCUGUACACCAUGAAGUGGUUCUUCCAGUGCUUUCUUGAUAGAACGCCUUUCACCUUGACUCUCAGGAUAUGGGACAUCUACAUCCUUGAGGGAGAGAGAGUCCUUACUGCUAUGUCUUACACUGUCCUCAAACUCCACAAAAAGCACCUGCUGAAGCUGUCCAUGGAAGACCUUGUGGAUUUCCUGCAGGUCAGCUUGGCCAAGGACUUCUUCUUCGACGACGACUUUGUGAUCGAACAGCUGCAGAAUUCCAUGUCGGAACUCCGACGCUCAAAACUGGAGCUGCCCGCGCCAGGUAAAGAGGAUGAGUUGCCCAAGAAGCCCCUGGGUCAGCUCCCACCCGAGCCUGCCACCACCACCGCCCCCACCACCGCCAACCACAUGGUGAACGGGCAGAGCCACAACGCCAAGCCGGCGGAGACGCCGCUAACGCCCAGCGCCGGUCCGGAGCGCCCCCAGGAGGAGGUGCGGGCCAGCGUCGGUCCGGAGCCGCCCCAGGAGGGGGGGGGGUCGGCCCAGCUCCGGUCCGGAGCGUCCCCAGGAGGGGAGCCGGCCCAGCAGCCGGGCCCGGAGGAACUCGCUGGAGAAGCUGGUGCGGCAGCACAAGGCCGAGAAGAGGGAGGCCCGUUCGCGGGGGAGCUCCGGGGAGGCGGAGCCUCGGAAGCCGCCGCCCGCGGCGACCUCGUCCCCGGGGCCCGGCGUAGCGCCAAACUCCGCCGCUCAGGACGAGCCCAGGGCGGCCAACCAUGCCACGGCCAACCACAACUCCAACGCGGCGUCCGGCGGCCGCAAGGACUUCACGCCGCGCUGGGUGAAGCCGUCGGAGACCAGGCUGGAGGCCGCCAGGACCGCCGCGGGGCGGGGCCUGGUGUUCAUCCAGGGCGGCUCGCCGCCCCCGUCCGGCCCGGAGGACGGCCCGCUGCCCCACCGCCGGCCCCGCUCCCGAGGCGGCUUCGUGGCCGACGCCAACCGCGGCUCCAACGCGUCGCAGUACGACAACGUGCCCGGGCUGGAGCAGGACUGCGCCGACGCGCCGGAGCUGGAGCAGCCGUCCCCGCGGGGACACUUCGGGCCUCCGGCGCCCAAACAGAGCAGCCCCAACCGAGCGCCCGGCGGCGCCGAGAUCGGGACCGGGCCCCGGGCCCCCAAACACACGCUGCAGGUGGGCAGCCCGGACCCGCGUCCCAUGGGGAGACCCUCGCCCAGCUACUCCAACCCCCCGUACCUGGGGCCCCCGCUCAGGCCCCCCCUCGGCCCGCCCCUCGGCCCGCCCCUGCAGGUCUCCCCCGGGAGGCCCCGCGCGGGCCCGCCCUUCCACGCGGCGUACGGCGGCGUUCCGGUGGACCUCCGGCCGGACGAGCGCCACUACGGCACCGCGCUGAGGGCCCCCACCAGCCUCUCCCCCGAAAAGGGCCCCGUGAACUCCUACGCCACCUACCGCCGGCCGCCGCCGCCCAGCGCCGCGGCGACCGCCCGCAUCACCGUGGCGCCCGCCGAGCCCAGCGCGCAGUUCGACAGCUCCGGCUCCGCCCCCGGCAGCUUCCUGAGGCAGCCCACCAGGCUGAUCGGCGUGCCGGCGUUCGCACCCUCGGACUACGGGCAGGAGGGGUGGAGGAGGGUGGACCAGCCCCCGCCCCCGCCCUACCACCCCGAGGGACACGGGGGGGGCGGCGGGCCGGGAGGGGGGCGGCAGUGGAGCCACGAAAGCGAUUCACCCCAGUCCUCCAGUGGCGUGCCCCGAUCGCCCAGCUUCCACAAGGCGCAGAUGUCGCCCGUGAACGAGUUCCGCUACCCGCCGGUUCCCGACGGCCUGCGCCAUUACAGGACACAGUAUCAGGAGCAGCAGCAGCCCCCGCCGAGGCAGCAGCAGCUCCCCCCAGUGUUCGGAGGACCACACUACAGGCACGCACCAGAAGCGUUUGCCAUGCAAGAGUCUAUGCUGCUGUGAGUGUGCGAGAGAGACAUUGAACUGCUGCAGGGUCACCUGCAUGGUAACAAAAGUGGGGAAAGUUGCUACUACUCUCACUUUUCUCUCAACUGUUUUUUUUUGUUGUUGUUUUUAUGUGACAUACUGAGCUUAAGUCAUAAUUAUGUGACUGAGCACACCAGCUUCUGGGGUUUUAUGAAUCCUAUUCUUUUAAGUACUUUAGAGUUUUUUUUUUUGUUGUUUAAAAAUUAACGCCAGAUGUUUAUUGCUUAUAGUGUAGAACAAAAUGUACAGUAAAGGUUUAGUUAAUAUACAGAGCUGUUUAUGAUUCCUCAAUAUACUGAUCUGGAGUUCUUUAUUUCCCCAAGUGUCAAAAAUAUAGUAACUUUAUUUUAAAAUCUUUAUAUUUUUUUUACUGGGUUACUUCCAAAUAUCUACUUUAGAAGGUCAAUUUCUUUUAUAUAGUUGUGAAUAUCGUAUUUUUCCAUGAGAGGAAAUAAAGCUCUAUCUGAUGAGAA